GUGUCUUCGGACAGGAUAAAGGACUGUUAGAUUAGUAACAUACAAAGGAUUUAUCAUUUAUUUGGUUGAAAAAGCACUGAGGUUGGUAUGGCAUUAAGUGUUGUGGCUCGUCUUGACAAAGUAUGUCUUUACAUUGUCUCAUGGCUGAUGCUCAAAAGGUCAGGUAUACUUCCCGGAAAUAUAGGCUAAAUAUGGUUUCACCAGCUAAAAACACUAUGCCUAAGAAGCAUGAUCUGCAUGCUGUUUUGCCUCACAUCGUGUAACCUUUGUAAAUAUUGCAGAUGAUUUGUCCACUGGCAACACCCACCCAUGGCAAUAUACUCUGGGCAUCUACUUGCUGGCUUGCAACCUGUGUUUGCAUAAGUGGUAGCUGAAACCAGAUCCCAGUCGACCUGAAAAUAUAGCAAUCAGUUCUUUGCCCUAUUUUGUCAAGAGGGUUGAAAACAGUGUACUUGUAGAAAAGGCUUUUUUUUAAAACAAAUAUUUGAAUCAGAGUUACAUAUGACAUACUACUACUAAUAUACUUAAUAGUUUUUUUCAAAGCCAAUUUGAUAACAUCUUGACUAGUUGAGGUAUAAUGAUUGAUAUAUUUAAACUGAUACAUCAUGUGAAAUGGCAACAGUAGUCUAUAAUUUAAUCUUUGCAUUAUUUAAAAGCCAAAGAAGUAAGAACUCAACUAGUCAACACCAGUCGGGAGGUGUUCAUGAAAAGGGCCUACCACACACACAGGCAGUUUAACCCCAGUGAAGGCCAUACUCCUGAUUAUGUUAGAUACAGUUCAGUAUAUUUUAAUGCCAUAGUCAACACUCAAAGCAGAAUGGCUUUUUGCGCUGCCAAGAAGUGGAAUUUCAUCAUGUCAUUACACUAAUCUUUCCAAUAAAAUUUCGGUCUCAAUUUUAUGUUUUUUUUUUUUUUGGAUAUCAGAUAUCUGUUUGAGUAGCUAGAUCACAUAUUGAAUCAUACUGUGCAGUUUUGAAUCAUGCUGUGCAGUCUUGGCAAUCACUGAAUUGUUGCCUCAUGAAUCAAUAAUUCAUCUCAUUGACACGUUGAUGUGAAGUCUAAAAUUGUGUAACCCCCUCAGUCGAUGAACUGUUAGGUUUGAGGAGAAGUAUGAGCAGAAUGAUUUCCUUACCGAACAAGGACACAAUCCUCUGAUUUUAUCACUGGAUUUAUUAUAUACCAAUACAUUGUUUUUUUCUCAAUGGGAUGUUUACGGCGGGAAGAUAAUGUAUGGUGGUGUAAUCUACUACUUGGACUAAUGCCUUUAUAUUUCAUGAUAUUUUAAUAGUCAACUGAACUUGAAACAGUGGCAGUGUGUGUGUGCCCAUAUCAUUUGGUUGAAAAUUGAACAGUGUGAAUGGUAUCUUGGCAGUGACGGUGAACUCUUUAGUAGUGGAGUUAUUCAUUUGUUUGGCACUUUAUGGCACAACAAUACAGUGCUCAGUUCAUAAAAUGUCAAUUAAAAACUAUCCACUCCUGUUUUAAUUUUCUCUUUGGCGAGUAUUUUGUGUGGCUCAAAGCUAAACUACUGUUUCUGCUCUUCUAAGCAGCCAUUGGUUGGUUGAUGCAUUGGGUUUAGGGAUGCACCGAUUGUGAAAUUCUGGGCCGAUACCAAUGUUUAAAAUAACACUUUGGCCGAUAGCCAAUGGCAAUACCAAUAUUUUUCUAUUUGUUUUUCACUUCGUUUUCAACAAGGCCGAUAUCAGUUUAUACCAAUUUUAUGCCGAUAUAUCAAUGAUGAUAUACCGGUGCAUCCCUAAUUGGGUUAUUGUCAGUCAGUGAGCUGCCGUUGUUGUGGGUAAACGUAUAUAUUUACAUUUGGACAUAAUUACAUCAUUGUUUAUCCUUUGGUGUGAGGUUUUGUCGAUUUGAUCUCGAAGCAGAGGGGAAAAAAAGCUACCAACAGUAACUAGAACUAUUUGCAUCAAUCUCUGUAGCUCUGCCGUACUAGGUCCCUGUAGUCUGUCUUAGGUUAAAAUUAGAGGAAUAACCAAGGGACGUCCAUAUACCCUGGAACCUACUUUAGUACCACCUUUGCAAUCUUGCAAAUUUCACUGAAGGAACUUGCAUGAAGUUUGUAAGAUUGUUCUUGGAGCCAAUGUAUUAUUUACUCUUCCUGUCUGUCCUGUUGUAUUUUGUUUGCCUUUUGCUUGCCUGUUUUUUUCUUCUUCAGUGAAGAUGUGGAAGCUCCAGUUAAAUUCUGCAGAAGCUAGUGACCCGAAGCAAGAAGUUUGUGUGUUUGUGUGUGUGGAGAAAGAAAAUGGGCGAAGAGAAAGCGAUUCCCACGUUUUUUUGCCAGUAUUUUGUUUGGAUGUGAAGACAACGAGCCAGUAACCCUGUCUGUAUGUUGUUUUUUUUCUCCAACUUUUUCAGCUUUGCGUUGUUGUUGGAAAGUUUUCCUGUUGCAAAUUCGUUGAACGCCUUUGGGAGCUUAGGGAACCUGCCUGUCCUGCCCCCUGCCUCCCUACAGUUGGCACAGAUUAAGACCCAGUUGGCUUUGCACCAGUUGAAUGCACUUGCUGCCACUAACGCCACUGCGGUCCCAUCGCCUGCACAGACUUUGCUCAACCUCUUGAAGGUCUCCAUGUCUCACCCCAUGUACAACCCUGGUGGGGGAGGCUUCUCUGGGUCCCAGAGGCCCAUGGUAUCCAACCAGUAUGGCCUCGGGGGUCAGGCUGGUAUGGACAUGGGUGGCUCUCGCAUUGGACCUGGUGCUGGGCCCAUGUCAGGACCACCACCGGGUAUGAUGCCUUCAAUGAGGUCACAGCAGAUGGGUUUUCCAUUGGGCCAACGUCCAGCACCGAUGUCGCAAGACAUUGAGUCAUCUAUAGAAAUGCACCUCAGAGGAGCCCGAGAGGAAGUUCGCCUGCUCAACCGAAUUAUGCCCCAGCAACCAAAACCAUCUGACCCACGCUUGCACGAGGAUCCGAGGGAGGAAAUGGGCGGUUUUCCUGGACAGAGGGGAUCUGGCAGAAUGGACGAACAGUCCUCUGCAGAUUGGUCGCACUUCCAGCCUACCAACAAACUUUUUUCGUCCUCUGGUUUGGGUCAUUCCUCCUCAUCUUCCUCACUAUUUCAAACCUCUGGGUUUGGAGGUGGUCCAGGUCCUGGAAGAGGAGGUGUCGAGAGCCAGCCAGGACCUCGUUCGGGUCCUCCUGAUCAUCGUCCUGUUCGCUACACCUCAGAGAGUGCGAGCAGCAUCCUUGCAAGUUUUGGCCUUUCAAAUGAGGACCUUGAACUCCUCAGCCAUUAUCCCGAUGAUCAACUCACACCUGACAAUCUGCCCUUCAUUUUGCGAGACAUUCGCAUUCGCAAGACCAAGCGGACCAUGCCUGAUACGGACGAUCGAUCACCACGCGAUCAGAGAGCACAGGAACCUCGGCAGAGCAAAGUUAUUGACUAUGGACACUCGAGUAAAUAUGGCUAUUCAGAGGAGCGCUCCGACUCCUAUGGAAGAGAUGCGCUUCCAAAAGAGUUGCCGAAAUACGAACGAGACGUCGGAUCUGGACCUUCUUUUGGUGGAGCUGAUCUCGCACGGCGGCCCCAGGCAAGUCCAGCAAUGCCCAUUUCGGCGAAACCACCUCCGAUGGACCAUAGGAAUGUCUUGGCCGGCCCGCCUCCUGAACUCAAACCGACUCCGCCCAGCACCAUGCCUGGAAGAGAUCCGGUACCCAAGUCUGCUCCUCCAGCGCCCAGCUGCCCAGCUGUCAUGCCACCGACCCAUGCUGUUGGUGCCCGCGCUGGCAUGAUGGUCCUGGGAGAUGGCAGUGGAGGUGCCAAGCCCCCGCCGGCAUGGUCUCCAGCUUUCCCUCCUCCAAGCAACCCCUCAGGCAUGAAGAGGCUCCCAACGCCCACUAUGAUGAAUGAUUACUCAGCGGCUACGCCAAGAAUCUUUCCUCAUACAUGCUCUCUGUGUAACGUAGAAUGUGUCCUGAUCAAGGACUGGAUAGAACAUCAGAACACAAAUCUUCAUAUUGAGAGCUGCCGGCGUCUCAGGAAGCAAUAUCCGGACUGGAAUGUGGAAACACUUCCACCUGUCCCCAGAAAUGAGUCCAAAGCUCCUGUGGAGCGCCGCAGUCCAAAGCGGCGUUCAAAAUCCCGGUCUCAUUCGUGGACGAGAUCUCCUAGUCCAAGACGACAUCAUGGAUCCACCGGCCGCCGGCCUCGCUCCCGUUCCCGCUCCCGAAGCCCAGCCAGGUACCGACGUUCCCGGAGUCGCUCCCGUUCACCUCGGAGGUUGUCCCGCGCGAGCCCCACCUCCCACGGCCGCCGGCGCUCCCGGAGCCCGCCGUCGCACCGCUCCCGCUCCCCUCCGUCGCGUCGCUCCAGAUCCCACUCCCCGCGGAACUACGGCAGACGCUCCCCGCCUCGCUCUGGCCGCAGGGUGAGCCCGCGGAGGUCCAGCCCGCAUCGCCGAGCGAGAUCCAGCAGCAGCGAAAGACUGGCUAAGAAGCUCAUCGAGUCGUCUGCCGGGCUGAACAUCAAGGACAGCAGUGCGCUGGAGGCCGUGGUGAACUCUCUGGCUCCAAGUCUGCUCGCUGAGUUGGCCAAGAGGAAGAGUGCCGGCGCCUCAUCCUCGACCUCCAGGGAUAGCGGCCGCAAGCGGUCGCCUUCUCCUUCCCCCAAGAGGACCUCCUCCAAAUCCAGCAGCUCCUCCGCAAACAAGUCCACCAGCUCCUCCAUUAAGAAAAAGGCUGGUCCUGGUACAGCUUGCCUGCUCCGGUUCAAAGGAGUGCCUCACAAAACUACGGACCAAGAGCUCGUAGACGUUAUCCAGCCUUUUGGGAAGAUCAACCAUGCCUUUGUGAUCAAGGCUAUCGAAGAGGCCUCUGUCUGCAUGGAGAGAGAGGAAGAUGCCAGAGGGUUGGCCAACUUUAAGAACCUGAGGAUACAUGGCAGGCUGAUCACCAUCUGUAGGGAGGAGGAGCUAACGGAUCCUAGAGCACGACCUGCUGGCAGAGAGGAGAGGAAGGUUAUGGUUAUUAAAAAGAAAGACACAGGCAUGGGAAGAGCUCCUCCAGCAAGGCAGGUAGCCAAACCCCCAGGCAGAGCACUUCUCCCUUUCCCGAGAAGGAUGCCUCCUCUGCUCCAUAAUCCUGCAGUCGGCCCUGGGAAGCCAGGCCGGUACCCUGCGAAGGCAGGCCAGGGCGCAGGAAAGGAUAGCAAGACUGCAGGAAAGGCUAACCAGACCCAGGGAAAGGCUAACCAGACCCAAGGAAAGGCUAACCAGACCCAGGGAAAAGCAAGCCAAGCCCCUGGGAAGGCCAAUCAGACUUCUGGAAAGGCGAACCAGACCUCGGGAAAGGCGAACCAGACCUCGGGAAAGACUGUGGGGAAAGCGGGCCAGGCGCCAGCUAAAGCUGGGCAGAAUUCGGCUAAAUCAGGCCAGACCGCAGCUAAGCCUCCUCAGUCCACUACAAAGAGCGGUCCAGCGUCCCAGACCGCUAAAGCUAAACCUAAAGAAACAGCAGCUGUGAAGAAAGUUGUCAAAAGGGAAAUCCCAUGGAGGAAGAAUGUGAUCACAAUAUCUGGUAUUCCUGCUAGUGGGGUAACAGAAGAGCAGCUGGUGGACUUGGCUAAACCAUAUGGCUGCAAAACUGUCCCUAUCAUUGCUGUCAACCAGGGAAAGGCGUUUAUUGAGAUGCCCUCUAUGGAGGCUGCUGAGGCCAUGGUGAAGGCAUAUUCUGAGACGCCUGCAAAAAUUGAGGACGCCCAGCUGACCGUCUCAAUGAUGACCACACCCAUCGACCUGAAAUACACGGAAUCAGUAUUCAGAGUUCUGAUGGGCAUGGCAAAAACUGAGGAAAUCGCCACGCUGCCCGAGCGUCUCCUCAUAGUCUCAAACGUGCCUGUCGCCACCUCGGCUAGCUCAGAGAUCUUGGAGCUCGUCAAGCGCUUUGGUGCCUACAAACAGGCUCUGCCUCUCAACAAAAGGAUUAUAUUUGAGAUGGAUACCCCUGCCAUUGCCAGAGCUGUUCACAACCGCUUCAAGAAGUUUCCCUGUAUCAUCCAGAACAAUCCCCUGAACUUCACCCUGGCUAAACCCCUGAAGCCUGCAGAGGACGUCAAAAAGAAGAAAGGCGCUAACAGUAACAAAGCAGGAGCUAAGCCUGCUGAGGCGAGCAAGAAAGCUGCACCUACUGCCACCGCUACCGCUACAGCAACAGCUACAGCCACAGCCGCAGCUGCAGCUGCAGCUAUAGCUACAGCAGCUGAAGAUGAGGCCAAACAGCCCAAGACUCCAGCUGCUACAGCUGAUGCCGUUCCUUUAGAGGCAGCAUCCAGCGCUCCCACAACAGCUCCUCCCUGUGACGAUGCCCAAUCAGUGACCCCUGAGGCCACUGCAAGCCUGCCCCCUAGUGAUGCUACCCCUGAUCCUACCACCACCACAACGGUCCCUCCCAGUGAUGACAGUUUGGCAGUGACCGUGACCCCUGACAGUUCAGCAGUGGCUGCGUCCCCUGACGGUUUGGCAGUGACCCCUAACAUCUCCGAAGCAAAAGAACCCCCGUGUGAGGCACCAGCUGAAGUGACCCCUGAUGUCACUGCCACACCAUCCACGGAGAGAGUGUCCACUCCUCCCGCCGUUGUUACGGACUCGCAGCCAGAUCCCACACCGGCUCAAGAAACCCCGCCCAUAGCCGAGAAGGCAGAAGAGGCCUCGGCCGAGAAUGCAGGCAUCCCUGAGACUGCCGAGACUGACACCCAAGAGGAAAACCUUCCCAAGGACACCGCCGCCGCUGAAGAGUCUGCAGUGGAAGCCUCACAGAUCGAGGAGGAUGCUCCCGCGACCGCGUCAGGCACAAAGGACGUUGAGUCACGGCAAGACAAUCAGGAGGACACAGAGACCUCUCCCGGCGCCGAGCCCAUGGAAGUGCCUAUGCAACAGAGUGAGCCGAAGGAGGAGAAUGCAGGGGUGGAACAGGAUGCUGUUGCUAACAGCAACAGUGCAGAGAUUACCAAGGCUGCGGCCUCCCCUUCCGUAGCCAUGGAGACGCCAAAAAUCUCGACCGAAGAAGCAGAACAGGUUAGCGAGGACAAACAGGAUGACUGCGUUGAACCGCAGCCAAGCAAAGACAAAGAGUUGGCUAAUUCAGAAGAGCCCCCAUGUGAGUCGUCCAGCUCUUCCAAUCCACCACCACCACCAGCUUCAAGCGAAGAAUGCAGCGCUCCCCCAGGGGAAAAACCAGCGGCCACGGCGGCGGCACUGAACCCGGCGCCACCUGACGGCGGGCCGGUGUUGGACUUCCCUCCGGUCACCCAGGAGAUCCUGCGAGCCCUGGAGGCGGCCGUGCACCAGUGCCGCAUGCAGUCGUCCCUGAGGCGGGCCGAGGAGGAGGCCCGACAGAAGCAAGCCGAGGCCGAGAAGAAGAACCCCGCCGCCGGUAAUAAGCCAGCCACCCCGAGCAAGACGCCGGCCACCCCGAGCAAAGCCGCCGCCAAACCCAGUCCGCAGGAGAAGAAAGCGCCGGGGACGGACGUCAAGAAAGCCAACGCUUCUUCCGCGGUAGGUGGAGGUAACGGUCGCGGACGGAAAGACUCCAGUCCAGAGAGAGAUUCCCGGCACAGGAGCAGGAGCCGCGCAGGGUCGGACGAAGAGCAGCUGCCGACGUCCCGGAGAGGAGGAUCGUCCAGCUCCUCGUCCUCACGAAGAAGCAGACAGGACAGCAGCCCUGCCACCAAGAAAGGACGUGAAGACGACAGUAAGCACAAGAGCCACGGCACCAGCAGAAGCACACGCUCAUCGAGCAGCUCCAAAGACAAGAAGGAACAGGUUGCUGUUGAACAGCAAGAACAGCAACAGGAGGAGGAAGAGGAGGAUGACUUUUUCCCAUUCAACAUGGAUGAGUUUGUUACUGUGGACGAGGUCUGCGACGAUGCUGAGGAAGAGCCAGCCGAAGUUCCCGAGGAAACCUCAAAGAGAAAGAGAUCUGACUCCCCCCAGCCUGUCGAAUCCUCCCAACCUCCGAAGAAGCCGGCUACAGCCUCUCUCAAGGCUCCAAAGACCUCCACCCCAGCCAGCAAAGGAAAACAGGCGAAGAAAGCCACUCCCAGAACGUCGUCACGCAGAACUCGGUCCAGCGCUGCCACGGAGUCGAAAGACGACGUGGAGGAUGUGUCGGAGACAGAGCUCCAAUCCGACGACUCAAAGCCGAAUGCCGACGAAGCGGACGAGCCGAAGAAAGACCUUCCCAAGACCGACACAGCUGCUGCUGCUGCUGCUGCUGUUGUUGGUGCAGAAGACCAACAGGGGGCGGUAGAGGAUGCCAAAGUGGCUGAGGUAACUGCAGAAACCGCUGCAAACUCUGACUCCUCAGAGCAAAAUCAAACACAAGAGGUCAAAGUUGAGGUAAAGAUCGAGGAAACUUCCCCUGUCCGGCCAGUGACGAAGCUGGAAGAGAGUCACGUAGCUAUAGAGAAUGUGAAGACGGAGCCCUCUACCUUACUGCUGUCAGAAGAAACUGAGGUUGCUGUGAAAGGCCCCGAUGCAGUGAAGGUGGAGGAGUCCGCAGACACUGAAUCGGCUGUUGCGAAGACCGAUACCCAGACCUCCAAGGAAGAGAUCUCGGAGGCUGCGAACCAAGAGGAGAAGAGCGACCUCUCCGUCGCAGGCCAUCCCAACCCAAACCUGCUGGUCACGCUGGACGAGGUCAGCGAGGGCGAGGAAGACUUCCCCAACGACGGCGAAGACGACGCCGAGGAGGAAGAGCGCCUGAAGAGGCAGGCCGGGGAGGAUCCCGAGGGGCUGGUGACGGUCGACGAGGUCGGAGGGGAGGACGAAGGAGAGAACCUGGACGAGCAGUUCAGAGACAUGCAAGCUCUAGUCACCUUGGAUGAAAUUGUGGCGGAUGAGGAAGAGGAGGAGGAGGAGGACGGAGAAAGUGAACAACCAGCACUUUGUUCAGACACCGUCCAUGAUGACCAAGAGGAUGAAUCAGGGGAUGCUUUCAAUCCUGAGACGCUGGUGACGCUGGACGAGGCACACGGAGACGACGACGAGAUGGAGGAAAAGCCCAAGAAGGACGCGGAGGAGGACACCGCGGUGCCUUCAGACAGCAUGGCUGAGCCUCCGGUGUCCCCCGGGAUUGACGAGGUGGCGAGGAUGAACUUUGUCACUGUUGAUGAGGUGGGAGAGGAGGAGGAGGAGCAGCCGGCACAGCAACCAGCUCCUGAGGAAGAGGAGCCGGCAAAGGAGGCAGUCAGCACUCCAAGGAAAGGCAGAGCCAAGAGGAGACAGCGACAGGCCGCAGUGAGGAAGUCAACGCGUGGCAGGAGGGGUGUGAAGCCUAGCGAGGAGGUGGAGGAGGAGGAAGAGGAGGAGGAGGAGGAACCGCAAGAGAAGACCUCUACUCUCCCCCAAACUGAAGAGGCACCCGCAGCCUUGGCACAGCCUGAGGACAAGGAACCCAAACCUGCUUCGUUGUCCUGUGAGACCCAGAAUACAGAAACCUCAUCCAAAGGGUCGAAAGAGGACGGGACGUCUCCUGGGCAAGAGGCCAAGGGUGGCCUUGACGAUGUAAAGGAACAGGAUGCCAGGAAACCAGAAAUGCCUGUUACCAAGGAGGACAAGGCAGAUGUUAGAGCUCCCACCAAGGUGGAGUCCAAGCAGAGGAGGGAAGAGGAGGCGGAAACGGAACCAGAGGCCAAGAGACCCCGUUCGACAUCUCCCUCGAGCGCAGACUUCACCAUGCCUCCUUUCAAGCCUGACACCCCAGUUGGGGUGGACUUUGUGGUGCCUAAAACGGGAUUCUUCUGUAAGCUGUGCUCGCUGUUUUAUGGCAGCGAGGACACGGCCAAGAGGAGCCACUGCAGCAGCCUGCGUCACUACCAGAACAUGGAGAAAUAUUACCAGAAACUGAAAUCUCAACAGAAGACGAGCAACUCCUAACAGACCUCCCGUCCCGGGUCAACGUCCGAAUGAUCAUCAUUGGCCCACUGUUAGCAGCCUUUUACCGCCAUCAAUUUGUCUAUCAGUUUUGUGGGUCCAAUACUAUUUUGAUGUACAUUUCAUUUAUUUUAAAAAAAUUAAAUACCACUGUUAAAUAUAAAUGGUUAUGUGAGACUAAUGACAUGAAUGGAGAUGUCUAAUGAAAUAAAAUGUUUUAUUUAGACCUC